AUGCUUGAAAAAGGCAAGUUCUUGUUGAAAAGUAGUGCCAGCAGUUGUAACAACUUGAUGUCUACUAGUACUUUGAUGUCUUCAACAAGUGGAGGUCGUGGAACAACUACUUCUAGUUCUACUACAAAUAGGGGACGAGAAGGACCAGCAUCAACAAGUGCAGCAACGUCUUCUUCAACGACUACAACAUUUCGUGCUCCGCCAAGGCCUCCACUGUUCCAGUCGACAUCGGGUAAAAAUAUUUCAUCUUCUACUUCUUCUCACCCAGCUGGCGUGGCGCAGCACAACCGUAAUCCUAGCAGGACAAGCUUUAUUCUAGGCGCUCCCAGCUCAACAAGCUGCAACUCGACGAUGUCUCUCCUGGACCAUCCACCUCCACCGCGCCCACCAGUUCCUACGAGAGCGGCUCAAAGCGGAGGUCCAAGAUUUUCGACCCCUCAGAGGGCUUCCAUGCGUGAGCCUCAGACCUUACAUGACGUAAAC